AUGGCCGAAACAGAACCGGCUCCUUUACUAGGAGAAUCGACUCCUCCUCCUCCUCCUUCAGCACUAUUCCACCGCUCUCUACAGCAGCAACCGGCCAAAGUGAUCUCGGCCAAGGGGAUCUACCUGACGCUCGACACGGGCCGAGUGGUGAUAGACGCGUGCGGCGGCGCGGCGGUGGCAUCGCUCGGCCACGGCAACGAGGAAGUGAUCCAAGCCGUAGCCGAGCAGAUGAAGUCGGGCGUCAGCUACGUCCAUUCGCUGACGUACACGACCGAUGCGGCGGAAGAGCUGGCGCGGCAUCUGAUCGACGGGCCGCAGGGCGGCGGGCGGUUCGGGCUCACGCGAGCGUAUUUCGUCGGCAGCGGCAGCGAGGCGAUGGACUCGGCGCUCAAGCUGGCACGGCAAUAUUUCUUCGAGCUGGGCCAGCGGGGCCGGACCAAACUCGUGGCCCGCCGGCAGGCGUUCCACGGCUCCACGGUGGGCGCGAUGAACGUGAGCUCCAACGUGCCGCGGAAGGUGCCGUAUGCCAAUUUCCAGCUGGACAAUAUCAGCUGGGUCAGUCCGGCGUAUGCGUACCAAUAUUCCAACUGGCAGCGAGGCGAGACGGAGGAGGAGUUUGCCCAGAAGCUGGUCAGCUCUCUGGACAAUCAUUUCCAGAGAAUCGGGCCGGACAAGGUCAUUGCGUUUGUUGCAGAGCCACUGGUCGGCGCCACCAGUGGCUGCACGCCCGCUCCCAGGGGCUAUUUCAAGGGAGUCAGGGAGGUGUGCGACAAAUACUCGAUCCUGCUGAUCCUGGAUGAAGUCAUGUGCGGCAUGGGUCGCACGGGGACCAUGUUCGCCUUUGAGCAGGAGGGGAUCGUGCCAGAUAUCGUCACCAUCGCCAAAGGCCUCGGUGGAGGAUACGCGCCCAUUGCUGGCAUGCUGGUGCAUCAGAAGGUUGUCGAGGUCGUGAAGAAGGGCACGAGCAGCUUCAACCACGGCCAUACCUAUCAGGCCCAUCCCGUAGCGUGUGCUGCCACUUUGGCCGUCCAGAGGAUCAUAGCACGCGACGGCAUGAUCGACAAUUGUGCUCGCAUGGGCCGCGUCCUGCACGCUCUGCUCGUCGAGACUUUCGCCCAGGCCAAAUAUGUCGGCGACAUUCGAGGCCGCGGUCUGUUCUGGGGACUCGAGUUUGUCCAGGACAAGGCCCUGCGCAACUCUUUCCCUCCCGGGGUCCUCUUCGCCGCGCGCUUCCAAGCAAUCGCUUUCGAGCUCGGCGUCGCCAUCUACCCGGGCGCCGGCACGUAUAACGGUACCCGAGGAGACCAUGCCAUCGUGGCUCCUCCGUACAACAUAACGCCAGACGAGUUGAUCAAGAUCGUCGACACUCUGAAACUGGCCUAUGAUCGAUUGGAGAAGGAGAUUGACGACAGCGCUUCAGAAUGA